UUUUUGGUUAUGGAGGAGAGAUAAACAUAACGGCAGGCCAACUGAAAUGGAAAUAGCGCAAGAACUAUCGUUUGGUUUCAAAGACGAGUGUAUUUUUAUUGACAACUUCUUUUUUAAUGAUGUACGAGAAGAAGAGGUUAUUGCUGUCCAAGAUGUUGAACCGGCAGAGGUCACUAUGGAUAAAAACGCUUUCAAAGAAGAUUUCACAUCAAAGAAAUCACAGACACUGGACUCCGAUGGUUAUAAAAAAAUUCCACUAAAAACGCAUAAAUGCGUUCAUUGCUGGAAGGUAUUCAGCACACAUACGAAAAUGGUCAAGCACUGCAAAGUCACCCACCAGGGGAACAUCCCAGUGAAAUGGACAUGCAAGACUUGUCACAAACAUUUGUCCUCGCGCAAAUCCUGGUUCAUCCAUCAACGGCUACACACUGGCGAACGUCCCUAUACGUGUCACAUUUGUGGCAAAGGCUUCAUUACCAGCCACACGCUUAUGAAACACAUGGUAAUACAUCAGGCUGUGCGACCCUACACGUGUCACACGUGUGGCAAAGGCUUCAACCAGAAGGCUUCUCUGCAACGUCAUGAGAAGACACACUGUCAGUCACAGUCAGAGUGGGGCUGCGGAUUUUGUCCCAAAACGUUUCAGUUGAGACAUAGUUUAGAAGCCCAUGAGAAGCUACAUAACGGAGUGAAGCCGUUCAAAUGUAAGUAUUGCUCCAGUGCAUUCCACACUGUGCGUGCUUUGAAGCAACAUAGAAGAGUACACACAAUAGAACAGCCUCGCUCCUGUAUUCCGUGUCAAAAAACCUUCCCUAACAACGAGAUCUUUCUACAGCACAUGGAGAGCCACACCAAAUCUUGUAUACACUGUAAAGCUAACAUCCCCAACAAUGAUUCACUUCUAGAACACAUAAAACUCCAUGACAGUUCUUGUAUACACUGUAAAACAACCUUCCCCAACAAUGAUUCACUUUUAAAACACAUAAAACUCCACCGCUAUCCUUGUAAACAUUGUGAAAAAUCCUUCCCCAACCACGAUUCCCUUCUAGAACACAUGUCAAUCCAUAGCCAACCACCCACCCUUAAAUGUCCCGUCUGUCCAAUGAGUUUCAAUAUGAGAAUCACCCUAAGAAAGCAUAUCAGAGUGCAUGUUAUGAGGGGAAAUGUGAGGUUUUGUAAUUUGUGUCAGUUGGUAUUGCACAGUAAACAGGAGACGAUUGCUCAUUUCGAUAAACAUAUCAAGGUGGCGGUGGGGAAUAAAGUUGAUGAUGUUUUUGGAAAACCUGAGGAAGAUGUGUGUGGUUUGAAGGUUGAGGAUAAAGUGGGGGAUAACUUGGAGCGAGAGGGUGAAUGUGACAUCAGAAAAGAUGGGAUUCAUUGUGAACAUGAUGUGAAUUUUCUCGAAAAUUGUGAACUUGAGAACUCAAGAGUCGUGAUGAACGAUUGUGAUCUGAAGGUAGAAAAUGGAUGCUUAAAAAAGCAUGAUGAAGUUAGGGUUAAUUGUGAAAAUGACGAGAAGUUUCAUGAAAAUAUAAAGAUAGAAGUGCCAAGAGAUGUGGGAGAUGUGGACUUGGAGGAAGAAAGUAGAUGUAUCGGAAAAACAGAUGAAUAUGUGGUUGAAAUUUAUAAUGGAUAUAAUGCGGAUUGUUUUGAAGAAUGUAUAAGUGAAGUGCCAGGAGAUGUGAGGGAAGGUUUGAACUUUGAAGAAGAAUAUGUUUGUGAUACGAGAGUAAAAGACGAAGUUGUAUUUGAAACUGACCAUGAAGAAUUGUUGAUUCUUUUCAAGAUUGUAAAAGUGAAGUGCCAAUAG